CUGGGGGUGUGAUGACGACUGCCAGCGGCGGCUACGUCACAGAUAUGCCAGCAGCAGCGGCGGCAGCGGCGGCGGCGGCAGCGGCAGCGGCGGCGGGGACGGCGACGGGAAGCGGCGGCAGCGGCGGCGGCGGCGGGAACAGCCACACCUCACCGUCCCCCUCGUCGUCGUCGCCGUCAUCGUCGGAGGGCGGCGUGACGACGACGACGACCACCACCACCACCACAACCACCACCACCAGCAGCAGCAGACACGCCUCCGUCAGCACCUCGUCACAGCCCUCACCCAUCACCUCGGCCACAUCAAUCACCGUCACCAACUCCUCGCCUCUCCUCACUAUCGCCCCCGCGGUCCACGCCAGCCCCACCCGGGCGGACAGCGCGUCACCCAGCGGUAGUGUAGGGGACGGCGGCGGCGGCGGCCUAGGCUCCACCUCCACCACCACCCACCUCACUGCUCAGGUGGUGGUGGCCAGUUCGGCGGGCGCGGCGCCGUCUACAGGGACGUCGUCGGUGGCGCUGCCGAAGGGAUCCAUCUUCUCCACCGACACCCCGCACAUCAUCAUCGGGGCAGAGGGUAACGCGUCCCGUUCCUACACCUCACUAACCCCUGUCAACCCGGGCCUAGUAUCCGAAGGCGAUGGGUCUCUGGAUUCGAGCGGCGGUGUUGGCGUCCAUGGUGCCUAUGUCCAGUACGUAGACGCCUCGCCAGACCCUCUCUAUUCUUCCACUAAUGGACAGAUGGCAUACCCGGUGUACACAGUGGGCGACACCACUAUGUACUCAGCUGGCACGACCUACUAUCAGCAUGGCUCCACUACACCCGUGUCAUACUCUCAGGAGGUAGCGAGCAGUCCUGUGGGAGGUCAAAUUCUGGCCCAGGGAGGGAGCACGUAUGUGAUACAGCAGAGCUUAGACACAGAGAACCAGUCCAUCAUCAACACAACCAGAGCCUCGCCACAGACGGAUGAGGGCGUCACCUACAUGGUAAGCGCAGGUACCCCUACGCUCGACGCUGACGCCCAAGCCAACCUAGCCCACGCCACACGUGUCUCCCCGGCCACGGUGCAGUGGCUGAUGGACAACUACGAGACGGCCGAGGGUGUGAGUCUGCCCAGGUCGACCCUCUACAACCACUACCUCCGUCACUGUGCUGACCAUAAGCUCGACCCCGUCAACGCUGCCUCCUUCGGCAAGCUCAUCCGAAGUGUCUUCCUCGGCCUCCGAACUCGUCGCCUCGGCACCAGGGGUAACAGCAAGUAUCAUUAUUAUGGCAUUCGUGUGAAACCAUCAUCCCCACUUGUUAAUAUAAAUGAUGAUGGCAGUCCUAUCUCACUGCGUCAGCAGCCCUCGGCGACUCAUGUAAAAAAGAACAGCCAACAACAGCUCCAGCAGCAGCAGCAGCAGCAACAACAACAGCAAAGCCAAGGUGUACAAAAUCAGCAAGGCAAGGGUGUAACGUCAAGCAUGCAGAAAAAUAGUGACACCCACUACGAUUCACAUACUCAAGUUCCUGCUGAGGCAUCCCCACAGACUCUUCAAAACCAACAGUACCUUGGUGAUAUUAGCCAAGCUGUGCCUAUGUUCGGGGAAGUAGAUUUUGGAACAACUCCUCUGCCAGCGGGGGUGACAAGACCACACCUGCACACAUUUACUGUGCUUUACAGGGAACAUUGUGAAACUAUUUUGGAAGCUGUUUAUAAUCUCCAGUUUCCAGUGGUAGAAAACUUAUGGAGACGAUUUUGGAUGGUAAACAACAACAACACCGUAACCAACGUGGCAAAAUCCUCAUCUAGUGAAGUGUCCGAUGACGACGAUGGAGACCUGGCCUCUCUCUUGCCGUCAUCUGUCCUUCAAGCCCUGUUACGUGCGCCACCAGUAUUAGAUUUUGUCCGCAAUUUUGACUACCAGUUCUACCAAAAUCUGGUUGAAGUGUUAAUUCCUGAUGUGCUACGAUCUAUCCCCUCCAGCCUCACUCAGGCCAUCAGAAAUUUUGCCAAGAGUCUUGAGUCUUGGUUAUCUAGUGCAAUGCUCGGCUGCCCAUCAGAAGUAGUAAACAUUAAGGUAACAGCUGUGGCAUCACUGGCUCAGACUUUACGGCGCUAUACUUCAUUAAAUCAUUUAGCUCAAGCUGCAAGAGCAGUACUCCAAAACUCAUCACAAAUUUCUCAGAUGUUGGCUGAUCUUAAUCGAGUGGACUUUCACAAUGUCCAAGAGCAAGCAUCAUGGGUUUGUCAGUGUGAUGUUGGAUUGGUGGAUCGGCUAGAAGAAGAUUUUAAGUCAACACUCCAACAGCAAAACAGCCUUGAGCAAUGGGCUGAAUGGUUACAAGCUGUUGUUUCACAAGUCCUUCGACCUCAUGAAGGAAAAGUGGACUUCCCAAAGCAAGCUCGGCAGUUUCUUUUGAAGUGGUCAUUUUACAGUUCGAUGGUGAUUCGUGACCUUACCCUACGCAGUGCAGCUUCUUUUGGAUCCUUCCAUCUGAUUAGACUCCUGUAUGAUGAAUACAUGUUCUACUUGGUAGAGCAUCGGGUAGCAUCCUCCUUAGGCCUCACUCCAAUUGCUGUCAUAUCUCAGGGUUUAGGAGGCAAUAAGGCUAACGAGUCCAACAACUACGUGGUAUAUAAUGGUGACAGCACGACCCACCACAGGUCUGAAGAAGGUAUUCUCCCGGCAUUCAAGCGACUUAAAUAUGAAACUUAGUAAUUGUCUGACAACAGUGGCAGAUUAGGACAAGAGCUACAUGUAGUAUUGCUGUGUCAUGUACGUAAGUUUUUCAUGUAUAUUUUUGGAUAAAAGUAUUGUAAUCAAAAUUGUAGAAGACUGGUAUAUCCUCUACAUAAUAUAUUCUUUUCUAAGUGCUUCAUUAUAAACACUGAAUUUCAGAAGAAGCUAAUGCAAAUAAUAAACACAAAAUAUAUGUUAAAGGAAGGCAAGAAAUAUGCUGAUGAGAAUAUAAAUGUGUAUCUAGUCAGUAUUACCGGGAUUGUGACAGUUUGAGUCUUCACAUUAAAGAGCAAAGCAUGAAGUGCAAACUGGAUGAUAUCAUUUCACUCAUUCAGGCUGUUAUAUUAAUGCUUAUCAAAUCUACUCCUCUAUAAGAAUCUGCGAAUGCCAUAUUGAUCACGAAAAUUAAUGAUCUAGUCUUCGGCAAUAUAGGAAAAAAAAUUGCAUUCAAACAAAAUUCUAACAAGCUAUUUUCAAGAAAUUUAUAAUAAAUUGUACACAAUGUGAUUAUAAAUGCAAUUUGUCUGCAUUGGGUCCAUAUUAUAUAUAUAUAUAUAUAUAUCAGUAGAUAUUUAUGUAGAAACAUUCUUUGUGCCAGAGAACUGUAGUACUGAAGUGAGCGUUGGGCUGGGAGUGCGCAUACUACAGUCUGCUGUUACUAAACAUUUGACACAUAAGUAACAGGACAUGAAACAUUUGAGUGCUUUUAUAUAACUUAUGUCAAUAGUAUCCUGCACUCCAGGGAAGAUUUUCUGUUAGUUGUUUCAGAGAUGUUGUGCAUUUCUAUUUUUAUACAAAAGGAACAACUGAUACACAGUGGAAUGGUGCUGGUGACCAUUACUGUUAGUUUUCUCUAUACCAGAUUAGGGCUAAGACGCAACACUUGCCUGUAGGUGAAGUAAGCUCACAUCUGAAGAAGUGAGUGUGCCAGCAUUUUAUCUUAGGUUAGAUCUUGACAAAGUCUGUUAACAUUGAUGUUUGCCAUGUCCAUGAAAUGAAUUACGGCGGUACAAGCGUACGAGAUCAUAUAUAUAUAUAUAUAUUGAUGAAAUGUUGAAGACAUGCUAGAUGGAUGUGUUGUGUCUGCCUACCCUGAAACUGAAACCUCCGAGCCAAACCUCUCCUGCAGGUAAACUGGACAGCAGGAAGGACAUAGCCCGCUCACCAGGCAAACUGGCAUUCUUCCUGUGUGUUGUUGCUUUGCUCAAUGUCUCCAUCCAGUGUGUUAGCCUUUGGAGGAAGUGCAGCAGGACACCUCCUGAGCUCAGUUAGGAAAUGAGUAAUAUCUUUUCUUUUUAUUUUAAUUAUCUAUUGAUGGAAUGAUGUAAUUGUGUAGUUGAAAAUUUGGUCAAGUUAUGUUACGUACACUGUAUUGGAAGUGUUGGAGAGACGUGUACUAGACAGUAUUAUAGUCAUGUGGUUUGUAGCUUGGUGGCUAGGACAGAACAAGAGACACUUGUGUGCAUCAGGGCACUGAUGAUUACCCCAUUGACAUGGGUGUAUUCGUGUGUUGUGUAGCACCGCGUGGCUUCCAAAGUCCCAUGGUCUGUCCUUGCCUGUCAGAGUAAGGUGCCAUUUUCAUUAUUUGCAUUGGAUAUUUUGGGGUAAAAUCUUGGGUGUUACUCAUCAUUUCUGUGUGGGGGGGACAGUAUAUAUAAAUUUUCUUCACAUCAACAGUAUUUUCCCACUUAAUAAAACUUGAUAGAAAAUACCUGCUUAGUAGAAUUUAUUAAGAUCAUGUUAAGAUUCUAUUCCUCAAUUUGUUCAUUUUUUCAACUCUCACUGCCUAUUAAAACUUCCAUUGCUGUUUCAGAAUGCAAACCCAAAUUAAGCCUUGCCUUUUGGACAUAUCCAGGUACUGAUAGCUUCAUCCACAAGUGUAAUGAUGACUAAUGCCCAUUUACAGUACUUCUGUGUUGAAUGUGAUACUCUGUCGUAGGUUUGCCAAGCCUUUUGUUAAUAUAUAAACUGUCUCAGAUGAUAAGGUCUGUGGACCAAGAUUAUAGAUGUUUUUGUGUGCCUACUUCUGGAAAUUACUCAACUUACAGCUAAGUCAACUACAGCUUGCCAAUUAACACGUGUGAUCUUAAAACUGUAAUCCCAAAAACUUGUGUGUGUGUGUGCGCCUGUCUCCUCUGCACUGUUUGAUACCCACGAGUGACUUGCUGGUACAAAUAUUAUUCAUAAUCAAGUUCACAACCAACAAGUGGUCACAAUUUGCUUUUUGUAUGAUAAUAUUAAGUAGUAUAUGUAUUGAUUGAUGAUUUGUGAUAAUUUAUUAUUAUUUUUAUUAUGUGUGUGUAGGGAUGUGAUGACAACAUUUUCAGUCAUUUGUGAAUAACAUAUGACUGACAAGUUAUCCCUACAUACGGUGUCAUUUAUUUAAUGGCUGAUUAAUUUGCAGUCAGUCAUUGACAAUGAUCUUAUCAAUUGUUCUAUGUAAAUGUUUAGUAAGUCUGUAAUUUGUGUUAGUGUGGGGCAAAGUUGCAAAUUUUGAUAACCCAUUCUUUGUUUAAAUUAAUUUUAUUUUUAAUGGUAGUACUUAAACUUGCGUGAAAUGUUCAGGAUACUUUAUUAAUAGUCUAUCCUUAAUUAAUUUUAAAUAUUGCCUGGUUGAUUAUAUUCAUCAUGAAGUGCAACUUUGCUUCAUCCUUGUUUAUGUUCAGUGUGACAGGCAAAAGAAACUAACAGGAUUAACACUUAAGAAAAAACAUCAACACCAGGAUACGGAUAUUUGGAGGUCACACUGGCAGUGCAGUGGUCUUGGUGUGAUAACUGCCUCACUGUUAUAAUGGGCUAAGUAAAGAUCAGGCUUUCUCAUUUAGUUUUUCUCAGGUGUUUUACAAGAGCCAUUAUAGACCAUUGCUAAGCAGGUGACCCCAAUUGACCCUGUUGUGUUGCUGAUCAUAUGUUUCAGUGUAGUUCAGAAUGAGUAAAAGAUAAUAUGUUUUGUAUGUUUGUUUUGUAUAAUGUAUGAUUAAACAUGGAAAUAUUUUA